UUCUCAUCCAUUUCUCUCUCUCUUCUACCAUAAACAGAUAAAGACAGGCACCAUUAAAAUACAAACUUCAUUCUUCUUUUAUAUUAUCCAUUUGAUCUAGGGUUUUACAUUCAUUCCUUUUCAUUUAUACUCUUAUUUCUCGUUUUGGAUCGGAACGCCGCCGUUUUGGUGAGAUCCGAUUGCUUCUUUUGCCUUGGCUCGAGAUCCGGGCCAAGCACUGAAGUGUCGGAUUCGGAGCUUCUAAUUCCAUCCUCCUUCAGAUAUAGCGACUGUGGAAAGAAAAGGAUUAAACAAUGGCGACGAGUGAAGCAUUUUUAACGGAGGAGCAGAGAGAAAUAAUGAAACUAGCGACUCAAAAUGUGGAGAUAUUGUCAUCGUCACCGAAAUCUCCGUCCUCUUUGCUGGCUGAGCAUCAUUUACGAGUUCCGGCUGCUUCUGGUAAAGCUCCGAAUGCUGGGAAUGCUGGGAGGCAUGUGCGUAGGUCACACUCUGGCAAGUGUAUCCGUGUCAAGAAGGAUGGUGGUGGCGGUAAGGGUACAUGGGGCAAACUGCUUGAUACUGAUGGUGAUUCCCAUAUUGAUAGGAAUGAUCCCAACUAUGACAGUGGUGAGGAGCCUUAUGAGCUUGUUGAGGCUACCAUCUCAAAUCCUUUAGAUGAUUACAAGAAGGCUGUUACUUCUAUAAUAGAGGAAUACUUCAGUACAGGUGAUGUCGAAGUGGCAGCAUCUGACCUCAGGGAACUUGGCUCAAGCCAAUAUCAUCCAUUUGUCAUUAAGCGGCUCGUUUCCAUGGCCAUGGACAGACAUGAUAAGGAGAAGGAAAUGGCUUCUGUUUUACUAUCUACACUGUAUGCGGAUGUCAUCAGUCCAUCCCACAUUAAGGAUGGAUUUGUCAUACUUCUUGAGGCAGCUGAUGAUCUUGCUGUGGAUAUUCUGGAUGCAGUUGAUAUCCUUGCUUUGUUUUUAGCUCGCGCUGUGGUAGAUGAUAUCCUUCCUCCAGUUUUUCUCACUAGAGCGAAGAAGACCCUUGUGGAUUCCUCAAAGGGAUUUCAGGUUAUUCAAACUGCUGAGAAGAGCUAUCUCUCGGCUCCACACCAUGCAGAACUUGUGGAAAGGAGGUGGGGUGGUAGCACUCAUAUCACUGUUGAGGAAGUAAAGAAAAAGAUUGCUGAUCUCUUGAGGGAAUAUGUGGAGAAUGGGGAUGCUUUUGAGGCAUGCAGGUGCAUAAGAGAAUUGGGCGUUUCAUUCUUUCAUCACGAGGUCGUUAAGAGGGCUUUAAUUCUUUCCAUGGAGAGUCGAAGUGCUGAACCGUUUAUGCUAAAGCUGCUGAAGGAAGCUUCUGAGGAAGGCCUGAUAAGUUCCAGUCAAAUGACUAAGGGUUUUGCUCGGUUAGCUGAAAGCCUCGAUGACCUUGCUCUUGACAUUCCUUCUGCAAAAAAACUGUUCCAAUCACUUGUUCCGAAGGCUAUAUCUGAGGGUUGGCUGGAUGCAUCGUUCAUGAAGUCAUCCAGUGAAGAUGGACAAGGACAAACUGAAGAUAUAAAGUUGAGGAAAUACAAGGGAGAAAUUGUCACAAUAAUUCAUGAGUAUUUUUUGUCAGAUGACAUUCCUGAACUAAUUCGAAGUCUUGAAGAUCUUGGCAUGCCCGAGUAUAAUCCAAUUUUCUUGAAAAAGCUCAUAACUCUUGCUAUGGAUAGAAAGAACAGGGAGAAAGAAAUGGCAUCUGUCCUGCUUUCAGCAUUGCACGUUGAGAUUUUCUCGACAGAUGACAUAGUUAGUGGCUUUGUCAUGCUCCUGGAAUCCGCUGAGGAUACAGCAUUGGACAUAUUGGAUGCUUCAAAUGAACUUGCUCUUUUUCUGGCUAGGGCUGUGAUUGAUGAUGUCUUGGUUCCGCUGAAUCUAGAGGAAAUAGGCAGCAAAUUGACUCCAAAUUGCAGUGGGAGCGAGACUGUCUCAAUGGCUCGAUCACUUGUUGCUGCCCGUCAUGCAGGUGAGAGGAUCCUGAGGUGCUGGGGAGGUGGAACUGGCUGGGCUGUUGAGGAUGCAAAGGACAAGAUAAUGAAGCUACUUGAGGAAUUUGAAAGUGGGGGGGUCGUGAAUGAGGCUUGCCAAUGCAUCCGUGACCUCGGAAUGCCAUUCUUCAACCAUGAAGUGGUGAAAAAGGCAUUGGUUAUGGCUAUGGAAAAGAAGAACGACAGGAUGCUGGAUCUGUUACAAGCUUGUUUCAACGAGGGUCUGAUUACUACCAAUCAGAUGACCAAAGGCUUGGCACGCAUCAAGGAGGGGCUCGAUGAUCUGGCUCUCGAUAUUCCAAAUGCGGAGGAGAAAUUCAGUUUCUAUGUUGAGUAUGCUCAGAAGAAGGGUUGGCUCCAAUCGUCUUUUGGGUCAUCACUGGCUGCAACUGCUUGAGUUGAAUUUACAUUUGUGUGUAGUCUGGCUCAUGUUUGUUGUUGCCUGUUGCUUUUAAAAUGUCCCUGUGCUUCAAAGGUGGAUAGCUAGAUACGGAAUUUGAGGUUUCUGUUUUCCUUUUGUUAUCCCUUUGUGGUCAUUUGAUGGAGAUUCUGUUGGAUCCGGGUCAUUGUAUAAAUUUGGUUCUUUGGUAUUACUAUUGACAUAGAUUUAGGAGUACGUUCUCUUAUCAA